CGACUUGUAUACAAUAUAUCUGGCAAUUAUUAUAAUAAUUAUUGAACGUCAAUUGCAUUUUUGCUGUAAUUCGGCGCGAACGUAAUGGUGCGAAUGCAUCAUUGAAUUUAAAUCGAUUCGAAGAAGUAAACAUGCAUACUCCAAGUUUGAAGAAAGUCAGGGAAGAUAACCUACAAUUAUACAUUCAACGACAAUUUAUAACAAGUUGCAAGAGAGAACAGGAGUUUUAAAACUUUUUCUGAGAUAUUCGUCGGAAGAGUAGUUGUGCGCGAACGAAGCCGCUUCGGAUCAGCUGACCGCGUUCGCCUGGCACGUAAUCAACCCUCUGGCAAGCGAUUCAAUCUCGAAAUGUACAAAGCGAUAUCUAGAAUAUUGGUGCGAGGGAGAAGGUCGGAGCUUUUGAGAUGUUCCGUGACGCACCGGGACGUCGUAACGGCGGAGGACAGGUCGGGUAAGCCGAGCAAAGUAGCUAACCUCAAAAAGUAUUGGUUGGACAAAUACGUGAAUUACAUCAAGAAUUACGAGCGCACGCUGGAGAAGAAGUUCCCGCGUACGAUGCAGGUGUACCGCGUGUUCAGCGUGGGCAGCAAAGACGUAUACACGGACGUGAGAACUUGUUUUUCCACGUAUACCUCGAUGAUAAAGCACGGAAACGACAUCAUGGACAGCUUCACCCUGAAGGAGCUGCAAUUGAUGCACACGGUGCCGAAAGAUCUGCGAAAACUGUUGCCGGUGUUUCUGCUGUCGGCUAUUCCGUUCGCGAAUUACAUUAUUUUCCCCUUGGCCUUUUACUUCCCACGCUAUUUACUGACAUCCCAUUACUGGACGCUGCAGCAGAAACUCGAGUUCAUGCUGUACGAUCACAAGAGAAGGCUGUGGCAUAAUAAACCACUGUUCAGAUGUAUGCAGACAGAGUUCGGGACUAUCAAGGAUCAAAAGCUCAGGAUGAAGUGGCAGGAUGCCAUAGCUUGUCUUGGAAGUGGCACACAUCCAUCUACCAAGGAUAUAAUAGCCUGCUGUGAGCUCUUCUCAGGCCCGCCGUAUUCUCUCAACGCUCUUAAAAGGAAACACCUGAAGGAACUAUUAGCGAUACAUGGUAUGCCUGUAUGGAGGCCUUUCAAGAGAAAGAGGUUGAUGGAAAGGGGUAUGUUAAUACUGCGGAUGGAUCGUGCUAUUGUACGAGAAGGAGGAGUAAAGGCAAUGUCCAAUGAAGCGAUGCGAUGGGCGUUAUCCUUUAGGGGUGUAAAUCCUGCAAAUAUGUCCUUAGAAAGUAUGAGAAACUGGCUUGAGCAAUGGUUGGAAGUAUCGGCAAUCGUUGAUACAAAUAAUAUAUCUUUGUUACUACACAGUCCAAUUCUCUUGGCUUAUAAUCACUCAACAAAUUGGAUACUUAUAUACAGCUAAAGAAAAUUGUACAAUUUCUAUUUUUGGUAAGCUUUACUUUAUAUCAAUUUUUAUAAAACUUCAGAAAUUUGGCUUAUUACUAGUCGUACUUGUAAAAUACACUAGAGCGUACGAUGAUAGGUGCCUGUUGCCAAAUAAAUAUGAAUGUGAUAUUUGUUUCAACGUUUUAUUUAUUUAAUAUAAACAAAUUUAUACAUUAUUGUAUUAUAUUUAUAUAUAACAUUGUAUAAAACAGUACUACUUGUAAUAUAAAUUUCUCUACAUUCUUAUAUUCUACAAAAUGUACAUAUUAUGAUCAUAAUGGUAUAUAAUAAAAUAUCUAUUAUUGUAUUAUGA